AUGAAUGUUCAAAACGAAGCAAAAUUAUUUACUGUAGGUGCCGGGAAAAGUACACUUGGUAACCAGCUUCUUGGGAAUCGUGAUAAUAAGCCUUUUACAGCUUCAAGCAGUUUUAAAUCGAAAACGAGUAAAUGUGAAGUAGCAACAUUGAAAAUUAACAACAAAAAUUAUGACCUUGUUGACACACCCGGAUUAUUUGACAGUCGUGGAAAUGUAGAUCCACUUAAAGAAAUAACCGAAUUCGUUAAUCAAUGCGACGAAGCGGGAAGGAUUACUGAUGAGGAAAAGAAUGUUUUGAAUACCAUAAGAAAUUUUCUUGGAAAAGAUGCGACAAAUAAUUUCAUCGUUGUAUUUUCCAAAGCAGACCCAGAACGAGUUAUGGAUAAACAAAUAGAUUGGAAUGAAAUUGAAAUUCUUCGUUCUUUUAUUACACAAAUUGGGUACCGUUGGCAUGUUUCUCCAAUGCGUCGAUAUUAUAAUGAAGAUGAAAGAAAAGCCAACGAAAAACGAUUAAUGGAAAUCAAGGAAUGUAUUAGCCAUAUACAAGUUCUAUAUACCACUACACGAUUUGAAGAGAACCAGAAAGAAAAGAAACGUCUAAAAGAAGAAGCGGAAAAAGCAGAAAGAAGAAAAAAGGAAGAUGAUGAGAAUAAAAUAAGAGAAGAUGCAAUAAGAGUCUACAAAGCGGAGCAACAAGCGGAACAAGAUAAACCUCUAGCGAGGCAAGAAGAACUUCUAACGAAACAAGAAGAACUUCUAACGAAGCAUGAAGAACUUCUAGCGAAGCAUCAAGAACUUCUAGAAGAACUAGAGUAUGAGCGAAAGAGAAAUCUUUAUAAAGAUUCAAAACUUCUAGAAGAACUAGAGUAUGAGCGAAAGAGAAAUCUUUACCAUACUAAUAAAGAUUUAAAUUCAAGAGGAUUUAGAAAACUUAGUAUUGAAGAAAAAGCUAUUUUUGGAGCAAAAGCCGGACGCGCUCUUGAACCAGACAAUAAAGUAUUAGCUUCAAUAACAGGUAUAACAGGUGCCUUAUUUGGUCUUUCAAAAGGCAUUUCGGAUGAAUUAGAUGACAUGAUGGUGCAAUUAUGA